GUAUGCCAUAGGCGGGGAGCAAAGGGGCUCCAGUGGGCCCUGCCUAGGAGGCCUGAAGCUAGAGCUGCUGAGGGCAGGGCUGUGCUGCAGAGAAAAUGUCUGAGAGCUGCAGGCGUUUCAUCUUCCGUCAUCAGCUGUGGCACCUGGCAGACACUGGAUACCACGGCUUGUAGACAAAGACCUGCUGGCUUCAUUCCAUCGACCUCAUCAAAGCCUUCCUGGGAGCACCCUAGAGAAGAGUUAUGUCCAGGCCCGGCCCUGGCUGCCUGGUUCACGGCCGAAUCUCCAGCACCACGCCUCGCACGUCGGGCUCGAAGCAUGUUUACUGAAGGAAUGGGUACCUACUGCUAGAUGGAGCCAUCUCUCUAGACUUGGGGUUUCCCUAUAACGAUGGCUAUGUUUGGCAUGGAAGCCUUUUUAGAAAUCAAUAGUAGGAAAUAAGGGCUAACAGCACCUAAUUGUGGAGUAAGGCUCAAAUCCUAGCUCUGCCACUUAACCGUUCCGAACCUGUUCCCUCACUGCAGAGGCGAAAAGGCUAACACUAUUUCACCUAGGAGGGUCACCGUGGAGAAUGGAGGCUGGACAAGCUCUAUCAGUUCAGUAGUAAAACACACACACAAGCGCCCCCCCACCCCCACCCCAGGAAUGAACACACACACCCGCGCGCGCACACACACAUACACCUCAAGAAUGAACACACGCGUGUACACACACACGCAGCCCCCCCAGGAGUGAACACACACACACACGCCCCGUUAUGUUGUUCCCAGGAACACACACAGAGGCGCACACACACGCCCCGUUUUGUUUUUUCCAGGCUUUUUAACUGGGGUCUUUCACUCAGCUUAGGGCACCGCUGCCUGAAAGACUUUUCUAGGCCUGUCGGGGUUCGGCACCCAGUUGAAGAGACAGCGCGGCGCUUUCAGAGCUGGGGAGAGGCGAAAGCUCUCCUGGCCCCCCCGAUCCCCCGGCCAGCCGCCCCCGGCAGCUCCUUGCCGCCUCCCGGCCUGGGCCCGCCCAGCCGUCCUCGGCCUGCCGUCAGGCGAUCUCGGCGGCCAGCCCAGCCGCUGUAUGACGCCGCGCGCCUCGGGGUCCUCGGCGCCUGCGCCCUCUCCUAUAAAGUAGACGCCGCGCCGCGCUGCGACGCUGUAGUGGGUUCGUCCUCCGCUUUUCUCUUCCUCUGCUGACGGCGUCUAGUUCUCGUCAGCCUCCCCGCCGGCCGUCUCCUUAACACCGAACACCAUGCCUUCAAUUAAGUUGCAGAGUUCUGAUGGAGAGAUAUUUGAAGUUGAUGUGGAAAUUGCCAAACAAUCUGUGACUAUUAAGACCAUGUUGGAAGAUUUGGGAAUGGAUGAUGAAGGAGAUGAUGACCCAGUUCCUCUACCAAAUGUGAAUGCAGCAAUAUUAAAAAAGGUCAUUCAGUGGUGCACCCACCACAAGGAUGACCCUCCUCCUCCUGAAGAUGAUGAGAACAAAGAAAAGCGAACAGACGAUAUUCCUGUUUGGGACCAAGAAUUCCUGAAAGUUGACCAAGGAACACUUUUUGAACUCAUUCUGGCUGCAAACUACUUAGACAUCAAAGGUUUGCUUGAUGUUACAUGCAAGACUGUUGCCAAUAUGAUCAAGGGGAAAACUCCUGAGGAGAUUCGCAAGACCUUCAAUAUCAAAAAUGACUUUACUGAAGAGGAGGAAGCCCAGGUACGCAAAGAGAACCAGUGGUGUGAAGAGAAGUGAAAUGUUGUGCCUGACACUGUAACACUGUAAGGAUUGUUCCAAAUACUAGUUGCACUGCUCUGUUUAUAAUUGUUAAUAUUAGACAAACAGUAGACAAAUGCAGCAGCAAGUCAAUUGUAUUAGCAGAAUAUUGUCCUCAUUGCAUGUGUAGUUUGAGCACAGAUUCCAAAUCUUAUGGCCGAGUUUCUUCUAGUAUGAUGGAAAGUUUCUUUUUUCUUUGCUCUGAAUAAAACUGAACUGUGGGUUCUCUAUAAGUGGCAUUUUGGGCUUUCCCUCUUUUUUGUAAAGCAAUGUCUGCCUAGUUUAUUGUCCAGUUAACUUUAGUGACCUUUUAAAAGUUGGCAUUGUAAAUAAAACAACUUGCAAAAAAGUUUUCUGGAAUAGAAUUAACAAAAUAUUAUCUUUAUUCAUGAGUUGGAAACUGGAAAAAGGCUUCUUGAAGUAAAUGUUCUGAGUGGAGUUACUAGGAUGUCUUCCAGCCUCCUGCAGUCAAGGAGUACCACUACUGUAUUGAUUAGCCUGUAUGUAGCAGGGCUCCCUUCAUUGCAUCUGAGGACUUGUUUUCUUUUUAAUUUUAUUUUUAAUCCUCUUAGUUUUAAAUAUCUUGCCUAGAGACUCAGUUACUACCCAGUUUGUGGUUUUUUGGGAGAAAUGUAACUGGACAGUUUGUUAGCUUUUCAAUUAAAAAGACACUUAACCCAUGUGGGAUGUCAUCUUUUUAUAAUUAGUGUUCCCAUGUGGAGAAAAUUAUUCACACUACUUGCAUGUAAAAAAAUAAUUUAACUUUUAACAUUAAAAUAUGUAGUAAAACCCAGAAAGCAUCCAUCAUGAAUGCAAGAUACUUUCAAUAAAAAGUAAGUUAUAUAGUAGGUAGUUAAGUUUGCUUUUGUGGACUUAAAUGUGUCUCUUCACUUAAAUGGGUUGAACGUGUAUAUAUUUGUUCAGCUUGAAAAGACUUAGUUUAUGUCCUAGCUCACUGGAGGCUGCUGACAUAACCAUAACUUCUGUCCCUUCUAAUUGUCAUUUAUAUGCCUAACUGGAGCUAGUACUUUAAUUCUUAACACAAAAUUACUCUGCCAUUGUUUCCAGCUUCCCUCCUACAAUAGAAUGAAGUUUUUUUGAUGGCUUGAGAUGGCUCACAAAUUUUGAUUUUUUUUUCUUCCUUGUGCUCCCUUUUUUUCUCCUUCCUUUUCCAGUUAACAUCUAUAUUCACAUGUAAUCUUGUUUUCUCUUCACAUCCACUGAGUUGUUCAGGCUCAGAUCAUCCCUUGACAGUAGUUUGCCUUCAUCUCACCUUUCAUUUGUCCCAAAUUCACCUUAUUUAAUAAAGUCCCAUAUGUUGUCUCACUUAA